CCAAAAAAAAAACAUCACGAAGGAUCAGCAACUUUUCUGCUCCUCCUCUUCAAACAACACAAGUCCUCUUCGCCCUUAAACAUCCUGCCUUCAUAAAAAAAAGAAGAUAUGGGGGGCAAGACCGGUAACAAGGCUGGCUACUUCGACAAGCUCAAGGGCUUGCUCGAGGAGUACAAGUCCAUCUUCAUCGUCGGCGUCGACAAUGUCAGCUCUCAGCAGAUGCACGAGAUUCGCUCGUCGCUCCGUGGCCAGGCCGUUGUCCUGAUGGGCAAGAACACCAUGGUUCGUCGUGCCCUCAAGACCUUCAUCUCCGAGUCUCCGGAGUACGAGCGUCUCCUGCCUUUCGUCAAGGGCAACGUUGGUUUCGUCUUCACCAACAGCGACCUGAAGGAGAUCCGCGACAAGAUCCUCGAGAACCGUGUCAGGGCCCCCGCCCGUGCCGGUGCUGUCGCCCCCGACGAUGUCUGGAUUCCUGCCGGAAACACCGGUAUGGAGCCUGGAAAGACCUCUUUCUUCCAGGCCCUCGGUGUCCCCACCAAGAUUGCCCGUGGUACCAUUGAAAUCACCACGGACCUCAAGCUCGUUGAGGCUGGUGGCAAGGUCGGAGCCUCCGAGGCUACCCUGCUGAACAUGCUUAACAUCUCGCCCUUCACCUACGGUCUUACCAUCGAGCAGGUCUACGACCAGGGCAACUGCUUCCCCUCCAGCGUCCUGGACAUUGGCGAGGAGCAGCUCCUCAAGACGUUCAGCUCGGCCAUCGCCACCAUCGCCGCCGUCUCGCUGGCCCUCAACUUCCCCACCUGGCCCUCCGUCAUCCACUCGCUUGUCAACUCGUACAAGAACAUCCUGUCCAUUGCCCUCGAGACCGAGUACAGCUUCCCCGCCGUCGAGGAGCUCAAGGACCGCAUUGCCAACCCUGACGCCUACGCCUCGUCGGCCCCUGCCGCCGGUACCGGCGGUGGCGACGCCCCGGCCGCUGAGGCCAAGAAGGAGGAGUCUGAGGAGGAGCAGUCCGACGAGGACAUGGGCUUCGGUCUCUUCGACUAAACGCCUUUACGACGCCAUGAUUCGACUUGUCAAGGCCAGCCAUUCCUGGCCAGUGUGGAAACCUAGCUCAUGUGGACGAAAACAGUUCACCUAUCUACACGAAAUGAAAUGAAGUAAUGGCCAACGGUCUGUCUCUGAUGACGUGAUAUGAUGAUAGCUUUCAUGUGCUGUGCCUCAGCAGAGUAUCAUCUACCAGAAUAGUGUUUAUCCAGAUGCUUAUACCACAAAUACCCAUUCCGAAAUAAGGACAAUAUCAUGUGCACGUAGGCUGUAAGACAUGAGAUGCCGCAAAGAAAAAUGUCACGUGAAGUUAUUAAAUACUAUACAGGUGGGUUUCAAAUGUACAGGUCUAAAUGUACAGAUCGCUGCUUGUAUUUGACCGGGUAAAUAGUUCCCAAACCAUCAACUCGUAGGAACUUGAAAUCUUUUCUGCAACACAUCCUUGGCGACGUUGAUAGCGGCAUCGGGCAGACCAGCCAGGCGUGCGACCUUAAGUGCAUGGCUCUGCCUGUUGACACCCUUGCUUAGCUUGUGCACGUAGAUGAAUCCCCCGCCCGCAUCCUCCUCAACGUCAGUGCAAUACAUUUCGACGCCCUCUGUGCUACCCUCGGCCGCAUGCAUAGCCUUCGCGACGACGAGGUCUGCAACGGCAUGGAAAUGUGUAGCAAACAGGGCCCUGCACCGAUUGACCUUGACCAGGUGUUCGACGCACGCAAAGGCAACGGCGGUGCCGUCCUCGGGCGUUGUGCCGCGGCCAAUCUCGUCCAUGACGACAAAGCUCCUGGGCGUGGCGCUGCGGAGGAUCUGGGCCGUCUCGAGCAUCUCGACCAUAAAGGUGCUCUGGUCGCGGUAGAGGUCGUCGGCGGACCCGACGCGGCUGAAGAGGGCGUCGACGAUACCGAGCUCGGCGUGGUCGGCCGGCACGAAGCAGCCGACCUGAGCGAGGACGGUGAUGAGGGCGUUUUGCCGCAAAAAAGUCGACUUUCCCGCCAUGUUGGGGCCGGUGACGACCCAAACACGGCCGUGGCCCGGCGAG